AUGUCUUAAUAAUAAUAAAAAUCCAUGAAUGAUACUCUCUUCGAUACUAAGGUUUUAGAUAACUUUGAAUAAGAGUUUUAAUAGGUUCAUGAUGAUAUAAAUCCAAAAGUUCACUCUCGUAUUGCUCCUUUGGUAUAUGCAAUUAAGGGAUUGAAAUAGGAAAUCAAUCAAGUCUUUGCUGAUUUCAUUCGAGAAACAAAUAGAGCAACUGAUGUUAUGAGGAUUAAGGAUAUGUUUGAAGCAGUGUUGAUGGAAUAUAAUCUCAGAGAGAAGGAAAGCAACAAAUUAAUGGAGGCCAUCUUAUAAAACGAUUCCUAAUAGAUAAGAUAGAUAUCUCAAUUACUCAAAGAAAUUCGUGAACUCCAACUUGAAGUAAAUCAUUUUUAAAGACAGAGCGAAGUCAAACGACAAAGGUAAUGUGGUAUAUUUAAAGGAAAUCCAACAGAUUUCAAGAAAUAAAAUACUUCAAUUAUAGACGAGACCAGCAUCUAUGAUUGGGUGGUUGACAUAGAUUUUAUAACAUCUAUAAACAGUUCUGGAUGGAAGGUUUGGUUGUCUCCAAAGAUGAUAAACCAAGAGAUAAUCAACAUAAAAGCAUUGGAAGGAGCAACGGUAGCUGUAACUGGACUGUAUGACAAAGGGAAGACAUUUGUAUUGAACAGUCUCACCAUGAGUAAUUUGCCGUCUGGGAAGAAGGUUACGACAAGAGGCAUUUCAUUUAAGCAUGUGAAUGUAGAUAAUGGUACGAAACUUAUUUUAGUGGACACAGCUGGAACAUACAGUCCUGUUAAAAUAGAAAAUGAAUUGUCUAUUGUAGACAAAGAAGCCACAGAAACAUUCAUAUCAGAUCUUGUAUUUGAUUUGGCAGAUUACUUUUUAUGCGUUGUCAAUGAUUUUACCAGUCUUGAUCAAAGAUAUCUUGACAGAUUGAGUCGCAAUCUCUAACAAAGUCCGAACAAGACAUUUCGAGAAAUUAUUGUAAUACAUAAUCUAAAAGAUGUCGAAUCUACCGAAAUAUUAGAACAUGUGUGGAGUACAUAAGUGACAUAAAUAUAUGCGAAUGGAACUCUAUAGAAAACUAAAGUAGCUGCCCUUAAUCCAAUUAAUAAAUAACUAUUGGAAAAACAUGUUCUUUGGUUUAAGACUCCCUAUACUCGACAUGUAUGCAUUGUGAAUGAUGAUUGCAAUUUGGGUAAGGGUCUCAAUCCUUGGGUAUUUUCAUUACUCAGAUAUUGGUUAAAGGCAGUUUUCAUUCCUGUGAACAGAAGUUUUUCAGUUUUGGAUUGUUUGUUAAUUUAAUCAAGAUAAAAACUUGUUAAUUUUUUUAGAAAGAAUAUUAAAAUUGAUCUGAAAAACACUGACGAUCCUUUGAUCAAGGUCAUCAAGACAGAGAAUGAGUUCCAGGAUAAAAUUCAAAUUCCUUAAGGAUAAGUUGAUAUGAGUGGUUUAAUAACAGGGCAACAGGAUUCUUUUUAACCUGCCACCGAUAUUAUUGCAGGUGAUCAAUAUAUAAUUUUGAUGGAUGCUCCGGGAUUGACUAAUGAUGAUGUAGACAUUCAGAGACAGAAUGUUGUGACUUUGGUGAAGGGGAACAAGUAGAGACCGUACAUAAAUCAAGGGCAAUUGGAAAAGAGUGAAAGGAAAUAUGGGGAAUUUACACUCACAUUCAAAAUUCCUGAUAUAUACGAAAGAUAAUGGUCUCAUUUCGGUGUGGAGAAGGGAGUGAUCACGAUAAAAUACGAUAAAGAUAAAGAUGAUAUUUGA